CAGCAGCAGCAGGUGCCUCCGGGGGCGAUGGUUGUGCGCGGAGGUGUUGGGAACGGUCAGGGGAGCGCCACCACGCACAGCGGGUUUGAUCAGUUCCAAGCACCGGGGCAGUUCUUUCGACCGGCGCAGAACAACGUGCAAGGGCAGCAGGCGUACGGCAUACAGCAACAAGCGUAUUCCAGUGCUCAAGGGGGAGGGGUGCAGCAAGUGCAACAAGUGCAACUCCAGCAAGACUUCACGCCCCAGGGAAGUAAUCAGUUUGCUCCACAGCAGCAGCAGCCUAUGAUGGGACAGCAGCAGCCCAUGAUGGGGCAACAGCAGCCCAUGAUGGGGCAGCAGCAGCAGCAGCAGCAGCAGCAGCAGCAGCAGCAGCAACAGCCACAGCAGUUUCAGCAGGCAUACCCGCAACAGCAGCAGCACCAGCAGUACCAACAACAGCAGAUGCACCAGCAAUAUCAAGGGUUCUGAGUCCUGGCGACGAUCGGACGGAGCGCUGAUUCCCGGGGGAUACUGUUGUGUCCAAGGCGUUACGACAAAGGCAUUGGCUGUGUGGUCACGCACCAUUUGUUUGUACGGCGUGGAGGGGUUGCGAUCGGAGGCUUGGUCGGGAGGAAUUGACGUUGGUUCUGGCCAGGGGAGAUGUUUGAAGUAGAUAUAUUUUCGCAGUACUUAAACGAAGGGGAAGGAAGGGAAACUUUGCCUCGUUCUGUUGUUGUUGUCGUGCUUAUCGCGAAUGGUAAAUGUUUUUUCUUUUUUUUGCUCGGAUGCACUUGCUUGUUGGUUUUCCUGCAAAUUAUUGUUGGUGACAACGGAAAAUUGUACACACAAAAUUGAGGAUUAGGGUGGCACUCUCUCUGCGGGAGAGGCAACUAUCUCUACUGCUUCCUUGACCUGACCACCUAUGGUAUGUUGACUUCUUGUUUGGAUUAAGCUACACACCGUUUUGUUUACCCACACCGUCCAUGUGUCGGGUUGCGUAUUCCCCAAGUUUAGGCUCUCCCGCUCGUAAUAAGAUUUUGUUGCCUCUUUCCUGUAUUUGUUGUAUUCAUCCUACUCUGCUUUAGGGGCGUGUGGUACCGAACGUAAGCCUUGGCGCGUGGGUUACUCUCCUCCUACAAGACCUAUUAUUUGGGGGCCAUCGAUGUUGCCGUUAAGUUUUUUGAAGAAUUGGGAGGCUAUAUAGGUGCAUUUUUUUGGCGCUGUGUAGCAAUAAAAUACGUCGACGGUUGACCAUCCUCGGAUUUUGAAUUCCCUCAGAGGUGAACGAAAGACGGUACCCUCGAAUGGUUGAUCGGCAACAUCUCAAAAGCAGGGCAACGGGGCGCACGCCCAACCUUCGAUCAAGGUGAAGACCGUUGAAUUAAGAGCGGGCGUCCGCGGUGCCGACUGCUACUGUAGGAUAUCUGUG